CUUUUCCAUUUACGGUUCAGUCGAAAGCUUCAAAUCGUUACGUUCACAACAGAGGAAAAAAGAAAAGCGCAUAAUACGCAUUCACGCACGAACAGUCAUAUAAAGGAAAUAUUUAUUUAUUUAAUAAAAAAAUAAAAAAGUAUAAAGUAUUAAUAAAUUAAAGAAAUUCUAAAGAUCUUCCAAAUAUCCAAAUAAAUUUAAGGCAAAGUAAAAUAUUACUAUAUUCAAACGAAAACGUGCAGAAAAGCGAAAACAGUUUCGAAGUGUGCUCAAUAUUCAGUAUUAUCCUGCCGCGUUUACAGCUACAGCAAUAACCGUUAAAAUAUACGUUCUUGGUUACAAACGUAAAGUGUUGGUUUCUUUAUUACUUUCUUGAGAAAGCUAAAGAAACUUCCAGUAGAGCACUUACCACAACUGCAUACGUAACGACGUAGCAUCCGGCGAGGUUUUUUUGAUCAAUUAGAGGUACGAAAGGAAAUCCGAAAUCAACUGAGUCAACGAUCUUUAACGUGUCAGCAUUGCAAUUGUGCAAUUAACAUUUAAAUUAUAUACAACUACAUAAAAAAUCAAAAUAAGCAACACAAAAAUGGCCACAUACGCUGCAUUCAAACAUGUUGAACUCUACAAUGUUGGCAAAACUAAAAAGAGGGUCCUCAGACCUCCAGGCGGUGGCACUAGCGACAUCUUCGGCGGUGACCUUCCACAGACUCCACGCAACGUGAAAAAUCACAUGCAAUCGAAUAUUUUCUCAUGUGACAAAAAUGGCGCUAUCAAAAAUAACGUACGACAAGGAGCUCACAGAUUCUAUUUCAUUGGUGAUCAGCCACGUCGCGGACAACAGAAAGUUGAUUCUUAUCAGCGUCUCUUCGGCGAGCCAGAACGUCCAAACACUCCCGCCAGGAAUCACAUGAAGAGCAGCAUUCCAUUUGGUUCAAAUACUGAGGCCGCCCAAGAAUUAUUGGCUAACGGUAAUGGUCAUGGUCAUCACAGCAAUGGCAAAGGUGGUUCAGUGUCCACUUCGACUUCAUCCUCGGUAUCGUCGUCCACUGAAAAUUUGAAGAUGAACGGUGUUUCAAAAUUAGUCUUCCGCAAAAUGAGCAAAGUCGAUGAAGCAUGUCCACCACUCCCUGUACCGGAAUCAAGUUCACCGCCCAGUUCCAAUACGCCACAGCUAAGCAUAGAUUUGCCAUGUGACACUAAAGCGGCUGACAACGGUGAGUUGUCAGCACGUUCUCAUAUAACUGUAAAAGAUGCCAAUUUAUCAGCACGUUCGAAAUUGAGUGAACAACCUCAGGCGACAUCACGUUCCAAAGCACCGACAACAGAUCAUACGCCAACGCGCUUCAGUUCAGCGUCAAAACAUAGCCAUAUGGGCGCCGGUGAUGUCGCUUCGCAAACGCGUCGUGACACUGGCACAAAUUCAGACAAUACAUAUUCGUUUGCGAAAAUGCAACCCGCCAAAGAAGUGCGCCACGAAGUGCUAGAAUCGUGUGACAAUCGCGCACCACCUGCGCCAACGCCACGUAAUCCCAUUACUGGUUUGGGUUUGGGCGAAGAUGGUGUUGGAGGCAUAAAGCCGAAGAAACCCAAGGAUCGUCGAGAUGGUAAUCCCGUCACCGGUGAGGGUUACAAGCCCAGCAAUUCUUUCAACAAUGCAGUGCCCAGCCUGAAUGGUGCCAAUCAGGUCAUCAACAAGAAUCGCAUUCCACCAGGUGGAUUCUCUUCAGGCCUCUGGUAAAUCCAGUUUGUCGCCUGUGUAUUGUUCGUUCCGUGUUUGGGAUAAAAUCAACAACAGAGAAGCGAGGGUCUGAGAUGAAGUGAUGAAACCGAAGAAAGAUAAUAAAAGAUCAAAUAUAUUCACAUACACACAACCAACACAAAAAUUAAAAAUAACUAACUGAUCAUCAGCAUCAAUCACAUGAUAAUAUUGUAGGAAUUAAAAUUUCCUGCAUAUUUUAAAAAGCAAGAAUGAAUGUAUGGAUGGAUGGAGAGCUACGGUGGAUAUUCAUAUAUAAAUAACCGUGUGGGGGAAAAUUAUGAGCAAAAUUUAAAAAAUAAUGAAAGUAGUUUGAAGACAGUAAUGAAUUGAUGGUAGAUUGCAAAAUAAUUAGUAUUUAAGCUAAUCAAGCAGAAAAUAAAAAAAUUAUACAUGCAUACACACAUAGACAUACACACACAACCACUGUUAUACGGCGAAGAGUAGAAAUACAUCAUUUAUUUGAAAAUUUGUGGCCCCAAAACCUGCAACGAAAGAAACUGACUGACUAUUGACUAUUCGAACAUGAAAUGCAAACAAAAUAACGCAGCAACAACAAUACAAUUUAAAUGCAUAUUAUUGAAAAUACAAUUUAUAGCAAUAUUUGAGCAGAAUUGCAAAGAUGCGGAUAAUACGGACAGCAAUUACUCUACAAGUAACAAAUGUUCAUAGCAAAAUUGAGAUUUAUGCACUCGAGCAUAAAAUCUAUAAUUUUCCAAAACUAAAAAGCGCGAAAACAUACACACCUGCAUGACAUUUGGCAUUUUCGUACGAUCAACCGCACCACCAACUCCCACCAUCACUACCCACAAAGUCAUCAUCAUCGUUAUCAUCAAGUCAAAUUUAAUGAAUUCCAGCUUUUGAAAUUGUUCAGAGCUUUUGCAUUUCAUCAUUAUUAUGUCACAUACAUAAACAUCAGCAUCACAUGAAUACACACACAAACACAACCUUAGCGUGUACGAAAAGUGCUCAACAACGAACUGCAGCUCAUAACAACAACAACUCAACGAACUUAACAAACGACGACGUCGGCUUAGACGAUUAACAGAUGUUGCUUUAGAAAUUAAAAUAAAAAAAAACGAAAAAAUAAGUAUUUGCUCAAUUCAAAGCUGCAGUUUGUCGGUAAAAAAAAAAACAUAUAACUAACAGCCAUUCAAAUGCAUACCUCUCUUAGCAGUUGCUGUAUAUGUGUAGUUUCUGAAUCUUAGCAAUAAGAAAUUAGGGCGUCGGAACAACAAUUGGCGUGCAAAUUUUGCAUUUUCAUCCCAAGUAAAAACAAGACACAACCAACCAACCAAAUCCUCCCACAUCCAAUCCAACAUCAUUCACAACAAUAUUAAUGAACUGAAGAAUUAUAAGCUAGAACAACAACAAUGAAUUAUAAAACAUUAAUCACUACAUCGUAUUAAAAAAAAACAAAAAAAAAAAAAA